AUGAAAAAAACAAAUUUAGGUAAACGAUCAGCAAAAAUACAACGAAAUACUUCAUUUUCAUCACAAACUUCAUCAUCUUUAGCACAAACCUCAUUACUUUCAAAUUAUGGACCUCUGGAUAACUUUAUAACACGACCUCUAUCUAAAGUUAUUGAACUUUUUAAGUUUUUGAAUCUACUGGUUAAAUUAUCUGAUAGAAAAACAUUAUCAGAUAAAAUUUUACAUGAAGCUGUUACAGAUCUUAAUAAUACAAUAAUUGAGAAAUUGAAAUCAGAUAGAAUUGGAAUUACAUUAUCCUUUGAUGCAAUGGAUGUAAGUGGUGAACGUCACAAAACUGAUGAUGUUAUUACAAAAACAGAAGAAAUGAUUAUAGAUAUUAGAGAAUUGUUACUGAUAGUGUAUCAGCAUAUAAUGCUACAAGGAGAUACUCGAUGGAAUAGCUAUCUUACUUGUUGUUCAAGUAUAAAGGUAACCAAAAAUAUUUUAUGGUCUUUAGCUACUAAAUUUGAACCAUCUCAAUUAAAUACUCGUCAUCAAUCAAAUGAUCCAUUAACUAUUUCCCAAGAUAUUUAUUCAAUUAUUAUGAAUGAAAAUUUUUGA